AAUAUCGUUUCAAUGUGUGAAUAUGAAAAUGCUUCCUUCGACGAUAGCCUUUGGCAAUGUUGUGCCGAUAUUGUGUGCUUUAUGAUGUUUGGAACUAUGAGAACUAGUACAGAAAGGCUAUUGACUCUAGAUUCUGUAACAUUUGCAGUCAUGUCGGCAGACAGUGAUCAGAUAUCUGUGGGAAGGAAAUUAAAAGGUCAGCGCGACUUUAGUUGUUGAUGUUAUUAGGGAUUUCCUUGUUUUCGCUUCUGGUUUAACAGGAAUCUUACUGUCUUUUGUCACGAGUUCAUUUAUUACAUGCCACCAGCAAAAUUCUAUUACCUUUCGAAUUCUGGGCCGGAUAAUGACAUUAAUUAGUGCAGAGCAUUUGAGGCUUAUUGUAUUAUUGAAGAUUAACUCGUUUCAGCAAUGACUCCAUUUGUCUUGUUUCGUUGCUAAAUACAAACCACAUAGCGACAAGCCUUGAGCGACAUUGAAUCAUGCUGCCUUGUCUUUUGUCUAUGACAACGGACAAUGGCAUAGACAACGCCUACGAGGUAAAUUCGUGGAAGAAAAACCUCCCUUUUGAGUCGUAUGUUUUCAUCAAUACAAAACUUUACCAGCUCAAUCGACGCAACUUACAACAAGUCGCUUGGCCGGAGGUCGAGUCGUUAAUGCUAAACGAAACUAUUGCACACGUGAUUCCUUUAUGUCAUCGCUUACAAAGAUUUCUGACUGUAUCGAAGAUUGGAGAUCUUGUUGAUCUACUCGUUAUUCACCAUCGCGGGCGCUGUCAUGUUGUUCGGGACUUCCGGGUCGACAUGCUCAUUCGGCAAUUAAUUAUCUCUCGCUGCGGUCGCGUAUUUCGGAUCGAACCAUCGAUGAAAUUUCCUCUGCGGGAACUUUCAAUGACGAUACCUAAAUCUAUAUUUAAGGUGUAUGAUGUUUUUGAAGAAUGCCAGGCUGUACUUGGAAAAACUGCGGAACACCUUGCUGUAAAACUUGUUUUCACAAAAGGCAAUCAGGUCGUCGAUGAUGAACGAAUCCUUAAACAGUUGGCCCGCGAAAGCGGAGGUCGUUCCAUGGUGCAACGAGACAAAUACCUUUAUCUGAACAACAACAAGAUUACGGCAUUCACCAUCCGAGGAGGCUCCGAACCUGUAAUCAACGCAGAAACCUUACUUCGCGUAGAUCCGAGGCAAGGUAUGAUGCAGGACUUCGUCAGAGUCUUCAACCCAAACAGCGAUCUUUUUUUAGUUGUAGAGUGCGACGGCGUUCAAGAGGUUGACAGGUAUGAUCGUGCGAAGGCGAGUUGGGUUCGGAUGAAUAUUAUCAACCUUGAAUAAAACAAUUCCAAGUAAGCCUCCAUAAUGAAGACUUGUGUAGUUGACUAACCUAGAGUAUCAAACCAAAUUGAUAUCGGUAGUAUUUUUUAAUCUUCACAUCACACCUCCAUAGGGCUGCAGGUAAGGGUUCUGUUAUAGCCUACGAUAUGUUGCUUAAGCAUGUUCAUACUUUACCAUACAAUACAGAACAACAAAAAAUAUGGAAACGAUAGGCACGUAUUUAUUAACCUAUUAGUUAGUAAUGCAUAAUGUAGUAAUUACAAUAUUAAGGAAGAAUACUUCGUGAAAAAUCGGGGCCUUUUAGGCCAACCUACUUUUUGAAUCAAUUUAGAGUAGAGAGAGAGAGACAUCAAAUGUUAUAAAAUGCAUAUAUAUAUAUAUAAGCAAAACUCAAUUCAUUGCUAUUAAAUCAAUAAACGCAUAAAUAAAUCAAUAAACCUUGUUAAAUUAAUCGCGUAGCCUAAAUAAGAGCUAAAAUAAAAAAGUUUGUUUACUCAAUCACAUGCUUUAAAGCUAAAAGUUACGCGCUGGGAAGCAAAAGCCCAUAAUGGUUAGUUUAAAUAGAGAGCUUCUAAAGUAUGGUUGUUUUAUCUGCAUCUAUAACCAGCAAGAUAUAAGAGAUAGGCUUUGCAGAGCAUAAUUACUAGAGCAUAAUAACACAAGUUCUUUAUUAUAUAGCAAGAUUGUUACUUUUAGGAUGCAGUGGUAUGCGCAUUUAUUUCCCUAGAUCAAAUGGUGGCAAACCAUAGACUUCUCAAUUAAUAUAUAUUUUAUAAUAACAUAGCGCAACUAAAAUAUCACGUAUGACUUAAGUAGUGAAGACCUGAUGACCAGUGGUGGAACUAGGUAUCUGGGUCAUUCGCCCAGAAGACUGAGCUUAAUUUGCAUCAGUUGUCAUCGGACAACUAUUCUAUUUUAUAAUACGUUUAAUAAUACAGGUCGGAUAUGGCACCAGAUGACUCUGAAGGAGAAAGACAGAUGUUUAAAUCCGGAUGUUUUGGCUAUUUAUUCAUCAGCUAGAUAAAAACUGUUUCCGCAACCUGUCAACAAUCACGGCAAAAGUACAAUACCUAUAUGGGCCUUGGUUAAUAUUUCUAAAGCAGUUGUCCGCAGUGCAAGUUGUCUUGUUGUAUCUUAAAAAGUUCCAACAGAAGCUAAAACACACAACGUGUAAUAAUUGAGCAGUUAAUCAUGAGUAGGAUCUUGAUACAAAUUCGUCGAACAGUUUGACUGAUUAGCAAGGUACGUAUUACCCUAAGAGUGGUGACUGAAAUGCUGUACUGAAUAAAUGAUGCAAAAAAUG